AAUGACAUAAUUUACAUUCGGUUUUUUUCUACUGGAGUAUAAAUACAAUAAUUCAUCAGUAAUGGAUCAGUCUCGAGUUCGUUUAACAAGUUAAAGAAACUCAGUCAAUCAAAUCCAAGUGUGGCAUCAAUUCAUCUAUUAAACUGUAAGUUAUAAUUAUAAGUUUUCCAUUUUUAUUGAAUAGAUCGUUCCAUCUUUUUUCUGUUUAGUUUAGGUAUGCGACCAGAAAUUCGCUGUGCGUUCUUCUCUUAGUAAUUAGUAAAGCACACAAAAAAAAAAGUUGGCCUGUAUUAAAAAAAAAACCUGAAGUAUUUAAAUUAAGGUUGAAGUGUUACUGUUUAGAGCCAUCUUUCAUAAUGCAGGAGAUGAUAUUCUACUAUUCGAAUGCCAAGUGUGUUGCAUAUAACUGAAUUAUGAAUGAACCUCUGGAAGAAUCAUUCAUACUUUUUCUUUCUUAGUUAAAGCGAUUUUACAUAAAAUAAAGAGAGAUGCUUAGAAGCAGGGUUAAUGCCACCCAGGGGGAGCCAAGCUUUUUGCCGCCCACCUCCAACGAAAACAUUGAGCAGCUGGUCGGAAGUGCUGGCCCUCAGGUUCAUUCGUACCCCUUUCUACGCCACUGCUUAGAAGUCUCCUCUAAUAAAAAAAAAUAUUUUAUUUUUAAAAAAAAGAAAUGUUAAAAUUAUGUUCAAUGUUCACAGCAAACAUGUCACAAACUCACCUCAACCACGUGAAUGGAACCCCAAAUGAAACCAACAGACAUUCUUCUGUACCUAACGGUCGCCCCAUGCACCCUGAAGCCGACAGUGGCAAUGGCCUGACAAUAACAGCUUCGCUCAGCGAAUCUCCCCGCUUCAUGAGGAGGAAUCUGCCAGCCGACCCCAAUGCGAGUGUCACCAGAAGUCUAAAGCCCGGAGAUCCUCCCACUACACACUCGGUUCUCAAACAGGGAAACGGGGAACUGAAAGUCGUCGAAACGCCUCCGGUGACUCACGUGUCCAUGCUCCAGGGAUCGGUGAACAGGCAAGCUGAUCUCCUGGGAACCAUCACCAUAGGCGAGGCACACGACCCUCAUGGAGGUGGAGUACCGUUCAUUCCCCAACACCAUGAUAGGCCCAACCCACAACCAUGUACUUUUCAGAUAUUCGUCAACAGUUUUAAAAACAGUCGAACCUACACAUUUGACGUACAGAAAGACUACAGCGUUCAGCGACUGAUGGAUAUGAUAUUUGAUAAGUUAGACAUCCCUCAAGAUCAACAGAAGCUGACCUUUGGUUGUAAAAACCUCUUGGAGACAACAAAGACCCUCGGAGAUUACGGCAUUGAAGAACUUUCAACUGUUUUCCUCACACUCCGACUUCGUGGGGGUUAGAUCUCUGAUAUGUUGGACUUUGUGGACAAACAACAUGAACCUGAUGGACUUUAUGUUGUAUGCAUAAUGUAUCAUGAGAUGGCGAAACUGUUUAUAUGAUAUGCGUACUAGCGUACUUAGAAAUAAAUUGAGCGGUUUCAGAAGAGUUCACGCUACAGUUAGGAAAGAAACUUUUAAAAAGACACGAAUUAUCGAUAGCUAGUUAUUUGUGCCAUCGUUUUCAUUUCGAUCUCAUACAAAAAUGAUAUAAAAGAACCUAAUUUCAAAUCUGCAACCACUUAAUAACUAAUGUGGUUUUGGUUUAAUAAUUUUAAUUUUAUAACUUCAUACAGCUUGAACGGAAAAAAAAUGAUUAAAUCAUCAAUUUAAAAUUACAGAACUAUGUUCAUUUAUAUUUUUAAAAAAAUGUUUUUUGUUGAAUUAUUCAUACAUGAUCUUUGGUGUGUGCUUUUAGUUUUAAAAUGGAAUUUUAAGAUUUUUCUAAUAAACAGAUAUUUCAAUAAAUCACCCCGACAGCCGACGCAGAACUUAUUUUAAAAAUAUUUAACAUGGUAUUUUUUAGUGACACACCUAAGAGAGUGGAUCAGUGGCAACUAAGCCCAAUGACGUAAUUGGUUUUAAAGAUAACCAACAGAGGCUGGCGAAAUGCAUUUUUCUUUCUUAGUUUUUUUUUUUUUUAGUAGUCUGCUAAGAUGUGCGUUUUCUGUUGAAUAUUAAAAAUAGUACAGUGUUGAGACCCGCUGGUCCUCACCUUUGUGAGACCCGCUGGCUCCACUCUCUCCAUCGCUUCCCCACGCGUUCAUCGCUACCCCACGCGAUAUGACACAAUUAGGCUGGGCCUUAAAAUAGUAAAAGUAGACUCAAAUAACAAUGGAAAGUAACUUAUUCACUUUGGCCAUGACCCAGUUUAAGCAAUACACUCAUUCUUAUCAAGCGUCCCAACUCUGAGUUGUCACUCUGAUGACCAACGUGUAACGGAAUCCGAAGCCACGCUUGUGAGUCAUUUAAACACGACUCUAGGAUGCCACGCUUAAAUGCGGGACAAGCACGCCAAACUUAGAGUAUAUAUUGAAAGCCCAAAUCAUGUAUCGGCCUCUCUUACCUGAAUUAUGUCAGAAGAGCCUGGCUGGCAUAAUUAGCUGAUAAAGUGUGUUUAUCCGAUUGUGUCGGGUUAGUAUGGUUCUAUUUCAUAUUCAUAUGUACUGGUAUGUAGAGUCGUAGAUGUAAUGUUAUUAAGAAAAUGGUAGGACCAUAGUUACUAUUGUUAAUGUUUGAAUAUGAUAACUAUUAAUAAUUUAUAAUGUGAUGUGAUUUGUAAUUCUUAGCUAUGUCUUAUGCAUUGUAUUUAUUAUUCUCAUUUCUAGCCAGUUAAGUUAAGUUAAGUUAAGUAAAUUACAGUAAAGUUAAGUAAAGUUAAGUAAAGUAUAGUUACGUAAAGUGAAGUAAACUGAAGUUACGUAAAGUGAAGUAAACUGAAGUAAAGUAAAGUGAAGAAAUUACAUGAAAUAAGUUACAGUAUGUAAAAUCAACAAGACGGUAGCAUAUACUGUGUGUGUGUUACCCACAGUAAAGUUCAAAGUCGGCACCUACCUCCUCGCAGUGCCAGUGACCGGAGACACUUACGCAGUCAAGCCGCCCAACCCCGCAGUACGUUGUGACCCGAGCAGAGGGCUGCUGUGGUGUGUGUGUGUGUGGGACUUACUUAUUCGACCAGAUCGCCAUUGAGAGCCUACUAUGCAAUAAUAUUGGGCAGUAUCUUGUUAUCCUGUUUAUGUGUAUAGUAUAUGUAAUUUGUAUGCUGAUAGUUCUGUUUUCUUAUAAUUAAAUAUUUAUUUGUGGGCUGAACCACUCUUGUUUUAUUAGUAUAGUUAAAGUAUUACUAGAAUUGCAAGUGAGAGCUAGUGAGAGUUCAUUGAAUGAUAGAGUGAGUGUGAAGUAGGAUUAGUGUAGAAUACUUCAUCAGGAAAUUAAUCGUACCCUAGACAUAACCAUAAUAGCAGUACUAAUCUAACGUAGAGGAAAGGGACCUUUGUUUGUUAAUACAAACAUUAAACAUUGUAAACACCCAUACUUUUAACAAUUGGGUCAGUACAUUAAUUAAUUACAACACAUCAUAGUUUUGUAACACAAGUUUUGUAACAUACAGGAUUAGAAUUCUUUAGAAAUUUUCGCUUGAUAUCUGAAGACAAUAAUUAAGGUAAUUUAAGGACUUUACUUUCCAAUCUUAUUUUAAACGCCUUUCUAUCAGAAGUACAAAUUGAGGCUAGUCCCACAACAUUUUUUAAGUGUCUGUCUCGGUCAAGUUUUGAAAACGCUUGCUUUAUACUUAAGAAUUUAGUAAUCCUAACAACAACACAAACAGCAUCAUACGUCUCAUUUAUAAAUUAUUUACCAGACUUCUGUUUGAUUUCUUUAUAUUCUUUGUAAAAGUUGAUAUCCAUUAUUUAUUGAAAAAAAAAUAUAUUAA